AUGCCUUCGCCAAUCUUUAUCUCACGUCCUCCGGCAGGGUUUUCGUUGCUGGCGGUAAUCCGUGGUGUUCAGUUGACAUUUCUGGGCGCUAUUAGGGCUCUGCGAAAUCCAUACUUGGUGGAAAGUGGGUAUUAUCGUCAUGUGCUGACAGCAAUAGUUGUAUCUGUAAUUAUUCAAUUGGUAAUUUGGAUCCCACUUGCACUGUUGCGACUAUUUUUUGCGGUGCUAAAGUUGGUUGCAUCUGAAGAAGCUGGUGUAACACUCGAAGCGAUUCUCGAUACCUUACACUUUAUUCAAAAUAAUGUGCUAAACUUGGGUCCGUUUUUGGUGACUGCUAUGCGAUACUUUCGACCGGAAAUGGACGAUAUGUUUUUGAUGUCACUUAAGUUUGUGGACCAGGUAUACAAGAAAAAGCAUCCCGAAUCUCAUCGAGAGUACUACGCACCACUGAUUCUACGGCCUAGCUCUGAAAAGGCACGGCACACUGGGUCAAGCAUCAGCUUGAGAACAGGAUCACAGAUUGAUGAGAAAAAGUACACAAAGGGCUCAAUUGGGCUGGAGAAGUCGGUGCCGAAGAAGGAAUAUGCGCGUGGACGCCGGGGCCAGCUCCAGAAGUUGCUGGCACAGUGCAAGGGAGCAAUUAGCGGGGUGUCAGGGUUCGCGAAAAAUAUUCAAAGCAACCAUCCUUUUCAUGUAUUUGUGCGACGAUCUUUGAGGCAAGCAGCCUUUAGCAUGGCCCUCUACUUGUUGUCAUUUAUUCCUACAUUGGGACGUGUGGUGAUGCCCAUUGCGUCGUUUUAUAGUUUCAACAGUGUUGUGGGCACCCCUACAGCUGUGGCGAUUUUUGCUUUGGGUUACAAUGUUCCUCGUCGGUAUGCAGUCAAGUUUUUGACGGUAUUUUGGGGUGGACGGUCACUGGUGCGUGAGCUACUUGCGCCGUAUUUUUCUCGGCUGCCGUUGUCGCGGGCAGAACGCGAGCAGUGGUUCCGGGCCCGUGAAGGCAUCAUGUUUGGUUUUGGUGCUGUGUUUUACUUGUUUUUGAAGACACCGUUUGUAGGGAUUGUGGCAUAUGGAAUUGCAGAAGCAAGCACAGCGUACCUUGUCACCAAGGUCAGCGAGCCCCCGCCACCACCAAGAGGAUCGUCAACAUUGGUGGCCGGGUUGUCUUCGUUGCCAACGGGGGAGACUGGCGACGAGCAGUUGCAGCAUCACGGACUUGCAGCCGAAGACCGAUGGGUUCAGCGGGAACUUGUGUGGACCAACGCCGACAAGUUGCUGUCGGGUCUUGCUUUGCAGUCGGAUGGAUUUGGAGCAACGCCAGAUAUUGUUCCUGGUGCAUGGGCGACGUCGACAGCAGCAUCCACUGCCACAGAUAUUAAAUUGGAUGCUGCUCAAAAAGGGUACCGGGGCGGACCGUCAUCGGUAACUCCUUCGCCAACUCACUCUGGACUGGCCACGCCGACUGGUGGAAAUGGAAGCAGUAGCAUUCACACGCCACGAUCGCGAACGCCGCCCGGGUAUGAAACUGGGCUUGCAGUUGGGAGCGGGUACAAAAGUACAAACCCAUUUUUGCACGAAGUGCGAGGGUCUCCAGUAACCGGGACGCGACCCGAAUGA